AUGCGCCUCCACGUCAAUUACGUGGGACCCUUCUUGGGCACAAUCUUCCUUUUACUGCUCGCCACCCGCUUCAAAUGGAUGCAUGUCUAUGAUGUCCGGUCGCCCACGUCAGCUGCCGCCAUAGAUCGUUUGCGGCAGAGUUUUGCAGUGCAUCAAUCUCCCAGCUCCAGAAAAGUGGUAGCAAUUUACGAAGCUAUUCUGCUUUUCAAUAAGUACAGUAAAAGUCACCGUGUAAAUCUUGUAAGCCUGAACCUCGGCAAGUCGCAGCACUUGUAUCUGCCCGUGGAUUCGAAAUCCCUCAAGAGCCCUCAAUUUAGAACUAACCUCAGAAUUCCCUCCAAAAAUUGCUCCAACUCGGACUGCCUCAAUGACAGGGGGAGACCACAAGUAAGAACCACCGGAAAGAGGAGCAAAGAGAAGCCUGACACAGCAAUAAAAGUGCUGUGGCAGGCUUCACGUAGUGAGGGCUUGGGAGUAGCUCUGGAGAGUGAAAGGCAGUGGAAAGUUGGUGACAAAGUGCUGUGGGCCUUUGGGGCAAAGCUUAAUAAAUAUGCAAUCUCUGGAUCAGAGCUAAAUAGGAAGAGAUACCAAGGUCUGAAGUCAAUUAAGAAACAAAUUAAGAAAGAAUGGACUCCUUGGACACAGAGACUGUUGCGAUGUGGCUACCAGAUUCACAGCUUCACCCCCGAGGAAAGGUCAGAGGGGACAAUCCUUAUGAAAAUGAUUGAAUGGCCAAAACCACCCAACCCUGCUGUGCCCUUUCAGAAAAGCAGCGACCCAGCACAUGUCCGCUUUGUAAUUUUAAAUUCUACAAAGACUUUCUACGUUGGGGAUCAGUUACAAGUGAUGCUGCAAAUGAUUGAUUUUGAAGGCCACCCAAAGCAAUAUGGGGGUGACUAUCUCCAAGGCUGGAUCCACACCCCAGAUUUAAAAGCUGGUUCAGCAGGAACAGUUGUAGAUAACCAAAAUGGAUUUUACUAUAUAAAUUUUAAUUUAUCUUGGCCAGGGAAAGUUGAAGUGUCUGUUUCCCUCGUUCAUCCCAGUGAAGGGAUCCAAGUGCUUGAAAGACUACGUAAGGAACAACCAAAUAGAGUGUAUUUUCAAAGUGCAUUUGAACAUGGGGAUACUUCAGAGAUCACUGUAUGUAAUCUUUGUUUGCCACAAACUGAAUCACUUUGUAACUUUACUGAUCUCAGGACCGGAGAGCCCUGGUUCUGUUACAAACCAAAGAAGCUUCCCUGCUCUGCUCGUAUCAACCAUGCAAUGGGAGGUUAUGAGCAGAUACUCUUUAUAGGUGAAGAAGGACUUUACUUCCAAAGAAAAUUAAACAUCAAAAAGCCCAUAAUGCCCAGCGGUCCAGGUUAUGUAAUUGUAAAGCCUUCACCUAGAGCAGGUAAAAGACUCAAAAAAUGUGUCCCUGGAAAACCUCUGCUUUCACCAUCUGGAUUUUAUUAUCAGGACCAAUGGAUGUCAACAAAUUGUAACAUUCGGCGUUUCGACACACCUGCCAGUGUCACAGGUUGUCUCAGUGGAAAAAAUGUUUACAUUUUUGGUGAUUCCACUAUACGCCAGUGGUUUGGAUAUUUAACAGAAUUUGCACCAGGUCUUAGAAAGUUGAACGAUGUCAAGAAUAUAGUUAUCAGACCUUACUUCUCUGUGGAUGUGGCAAACAAUAUCAGCAUGGAAUAUUAUGCCCAUGGCACACCGAUCCGAAUCAGCCCCAUUUUGAAUCAGGAUUUACCAUUCAUUGCAAAUAAACUGGAUGAGAUUAAAGGAGGAAAGAGCACCAUUAUAGCUCUCACCAUAUGGUGUCAUUUCAACACUUUUCCAGUUGAAACAUACAUCCGAAGGCUCCAGAACAUCCGUAGGUCAAUUCUACGAUUGCUGGACAGGAGUCCAGACACACUGGUUGUAAUAAAGGCUGCCAAUGUCCAGGCCCUUCCACAGGACUUCAGUCUCUACAACAGUGACUGGUAUUCCUAUCAACUAGAUUUAGUGAUGAGAAAGAUGUUUGAGGGUGUCAAUGUUACAUUUGUGGAUGCCUGGGAGAUGACAAUAGCACAUUACCUGCCACACAAUAUACACCCCGAGCCAGUAAUUAUAAAGAAUGAAGUAGAUGUGUUUCUUUCAUAUGUGUGUCCUUUGCAAAAGGGUUAA